AUGUAUGUUUUCGAUAGGGUCAGUGCCGAUCAGAGCACACAAUUCUGGCGCUGUCAAUUCAGACGGGAGUGCAAGGUUCGUUUACGCCGAGAAGUAGCCACCGGUGAAGUUAUCGAGAUCUCCGGAUCACACAGUGAUCCCUCAGAUGCGGCUGCCGUGGAGGUUGCUCACAGACGCACCGAAAUGAAACGUCGGGCCGAGGAGACUCAAGAGACUCCAGCCCAACUCAUCGACCAUGUUCAGAGUGGGGCGUCUGCAGCCGUGCAGAUGGAGUUCCCGUCGCGCCUGUACGAGUCGGCACCAGGGCACUCAGAGUCGUUCCUGAUUGCGGAUUCCGGGUACGGCGAUGAAGAUCGCAUCCUAAUUUUCGGUCGUCAGUCCGUAGCUGAGUGGAUCGGUCUGGUAGAAAAAAUAUACGUCGACGGGACAUUCAGCUUGUCGCCUAAGCUCUUCCAGCAAGUAUUCGUUGUUCACGCAGAGCGGUCGGGCUUCGUCUUCCCCGUCUGCUACGCGCUCCUGCCGAAUAAGAGCCAGGCUUCAUACACGCGCAUGAUUCAACUACUUUGUACCGCUUGGCCCCACUUCAAGCCGACCAAAGUCUCUUUGGACUUCGAACUCGGCUUGAGCAACGCCUUCAGAACCACCUUCCCCGAUGCCGAGAUGAACGGUUGUUUGUUCCACUUGGUUAAGAACAUGAAGGGGAAGUUGAUGGAUCUCGGCCUCAUGAAACGCUAUAACCAAGACGCGGAGUUCGCUCUAUACGCCCGUAUGAUACCAGCCGUGGCAUUCGUUCCCCCGGAGCACGUUGACGUUGCCAUAAGUGAACUGGCACCGGAGUUACCCGAAGAACUCAUGCCAGUCCUCAAUUACUUCGAAGACAACUAUGCUCGGGACGUCGACUACGGACGUUUCGUGGCUGGUCAUCAACCGGACCCGAAACGGAGAAAGUAUAUCGCAGCUGACGAGCGCAUCCUGAAGGUUGUCAAUGAAUACAACAACCGAACGACGAUCGACUUCUUGCGGGGGGUAGCGAAAAAUUUUAGGAUGGAGGCGUCCAACGCGAUAGGGGCUGGGGCUGGGGCUUCGAUGCGCUAA